AUGUUGAUAAACCAGGGGAUGCAAGACAUAUGCAUGGCACCUCCAGGCCAACAAGUAGCCUACCUCCUCAUCGAAAGAGCUCGACUGAUGGACACCAUCGAAGAAAUAAAGCAGCGAUACCUACUGCUCAAUCAGAGUAACUUCAAUGCAAACAGGCUGUUGAGCAACUACAAUGGUGGACUGGAUAGUGGAUACGUCAGUGGCAGGAGUGAGUCUCAUCAGUCCUAUCCAUCCAACAAUGAUUCGUCUAAUUCCUGGAACAUAUCAAAUCUCAAUGAGCUGCUAGUCAAAGUUGAAAAUUUAGAAAUUAACAACAAACUUCUGGAAGAUAAACUCAAAGAAAUUUCGCCAGAAGACUAUGAGGACCUCGUACAGAAUGGUGUAUACAAGCUGUCACUCAAUGAUUUUUAUGAAGAAUUUGAUAAUUCCAUUGAUAAGAAGACAUCUAGUCCUUCCAAUACCAUGACCUUUCAAAAGCCUAAAUCUUUGGUAGAGGCCAUAGAGAGGUUGAGGUCAGCAGAGGUCAGAUGUCACAGGGUCAAACAUUUGCAAAAUGAGUUGAGGUUGAAAAAAAAUGAAAUUGAAACAUUGAACAGUCAACUUGUUGAACUUCGGCAGCACAGGUCAACAACAACAACAACAACAACAACAACUGAAGACGGGUUGGUGUCACGAGAUGAACUGCAACAGCAACAAGACUUGGCACUGAAACACGGUGAGAAGAUUGAGACAUUGUUGAAGUCUGUUGAGGAGCAUCUGAUGAACAUCAAGUCAACUUCAAAGGAGACGAGGACAGACGGCGAGAAUGAGAUCAGCAGUCCUAUGAUGAAUAAGCAGCUGAAGAUGGUCCAGAAGGAGUUUGAGAUGUUGAAGGAGGAGCUGGUGAAGAUGAUGAACAAGUACGACGCACAGGCCAGCAGAUACCGAGAGCACAAGCUCGCCUGCAAGAACAAAAUCUUCAAAAUCAAGGACACCGCGAGGCGAGAGAGAGAGGACCUGCUCGAGAGAGUGGCCGACCUGGAGAACAAGUUGAUCUUAUCGAAAGAGCACCUCGACGGAGAACUCAUUUACAAGCAGGACCUGGAAAACAGCAUCAAAAAUCUUCUCGCUGAACAAAAAUCUUUUAUUAAUCAGAUAUCAGAGAGAGAUGAAACGAUCCACGUACAGAAGUUGGAGCUGAACAGCUUGCAGUCGAACCUAGUACACAUGGAACAAGAAGUCAAAUCUCUAACGCAGAAACUCUCCAUGUCCAAGGAUGCCAGUAAAAAAUAUGUCUUCGAUCAUAGCACCAGUGACCAGGGUUCCACUGUCAUCAUAAGCACACUGCCGACAUCUGGAGAUCGACUUUGAUCCUUUUCAUCCAUCCAUCCUUCUUUCCAUCCAUCCAUUCUUCCAUCCAUCCAUCCAUCCGUUUAAUUCUUUUUCCCAAAUCAUCUCAUCCAAAUGACUUUCAAACAUCAUAAUUUUUUCAAUGCUGUUCAGAAGUUUUUCACAUUAAUAUUCAUACUCUAAAAUUAUUUAUGAUGUUUUAAAAGAAUCUUUCAUUAUAAUUCCGUAAUUUGUGUGUUCGUGUGUGUGCGCGCGUGUGUGUGUCUUUAUUGUAAAUUAAUUCACGACUUUUUAAUUAAAAUAUUGAAUUUUUUAAAAUUUUAUGUUGAAUUU